AAAACCGUGGGAUGUGGGGUACAAAACCAAAACUGGAGUGGCGUGGCCGCGUCGAGGUGGAGCCGCACUCUGUCCCUCCCCUCUGGAUCCUGCACUGCUGCCGGCUGCCUCGUUACGUCACGUGCAGCGCACACACCCAUCCGCCGGCCGGGCCGGGCCCCAUCCCCCAUCGCCGUCGAGUCGCCUCUGCAUUCCUUCCUUCCCAGGCUGCCGAGCCGAUCAGUCCACUCCUCCGCUCCUCCCACUUCACUCCCAGCUCCCGAGCCAUCUGAUCUGCUCUGCCCCCACCCCUCUCCGUCGCUUUCGCCAUGGCUUCCCACCGCCACUUCCUCCGCCUCCUCGACAACCCCUUCUUCCCCUUCCCACCGCCGCCACCUUCCUCAUCCUCCUGCCCGUUCCUCCUUGACGGGGUCUUAGACCACCCGUCCCCGUUCCCCGACCUGGACGACCUCCUCCUGCCCUCGGCCUCCGCACCGGCGCUCGACCCCUUCUUCGCCUUCCCCGCCACCCCGUCCCCCUACACUCCGCUCCUCCUCCGCGACCUCACCGACCGCGUCGCCGCGCUCGAGCUCGCCGUCGCCACCGCGCGCCGCCGCCCCGAGCCCCCCGCCACCCGGAAGCGCACCUACGUCACCGACGCCGGCGGCCGCAAGGUCAAGUGGACCUCUGUUGAGAAGCCGCGCGCCGGGGAGCGGACGCUCAGGUGGGAGGCCGAGAUCAAGUCCCCCGACGACGACGGCUUCGACCGCAAGUGGAAGUGGGAGGCCAAGGGCGGAUCUUCCUCCGCCGGUGCCAGAAAGCUCAAGUGGGGCGCCGCGGUCAAGGGGAAGGGAUGUCUCGAGCCCUGGUCCCAGUCCUACACCUGGGAGGAGGACUUCACCGCCAGCGACAGCGACGACGAAGAGGAGGAGCGCGCGGCUGACAAGACCAAGACCAAGAAGGUCACCGUGAAGAAGGAGAAGAAGGAGGUGAAGGCCGUCAAGAAGGAGAAGAAAUGCCCCUUCGCCACCGUCAAGAUCGAGGAGAUCUCCGAUGACAAUGAUGCUGGAUGCGUCGCCAUCAAAAAGGCAUUUGCUAAGGGCAACGGCAAGGGAAAGAGGAAGGAGCUCUCCCCACAGGAUGCUGCAUUGCUCAUCCAGAUGACCUACAGGGCUCAUCUUGCUCACCGCUCCCAGGUGCUUCGCUGCCUGCGCGAUCUGGCUGUGGCUAAAGCCAAGCUCAAGGAGCUCAGGUCCCUGUUCUAUAACAUCUCCUACAGGCACCGCAUUGCACAUGACCAUGAAGAGCGCCAGAGGUUCUCUGAGAAGAUCAUCGUACUGCUCAUCACUGUCGAUGCGCUCGAGGGACCUGACUACAUGGUGAGGACCGCGAAGAAAUCUAUGCUAGAGGAGCUUGAAGCAAUGCUGGAAGUUGUGGACCCUCAACCCCCAGGGAAGCAGAGAUCACUGAGCCGCAGGAAGUUUGAUCUCCCAGAGGGUGGAGCCAUUUCCGAUGAGAAAAUGGCUGCUGCGAACAAGGCCGUCAGGAUCAUCGAGGAGGGCAAGUGAUGCAGAGUAGAGGGAGCCACCACCUUGUUAGUGGCAGGAUAUCAUGCCUAAAUCCUGAUGAAAGCUCUGUAGCAGCAGCAUAUCUAUUCGUCUAUCGUCUAGGAGAAGUUUAGACCUGAGGCAACUCCGCACUUUGUUGAGACUUACGAUUAUCCUAGAGGGAGCUAUGUCUGCACUCUGUUGUACCUUCAAUGUUAUCCAUGCUUUACUGUGAACCUGUAGUAUGUUUCUAGACAAGUCAAUUUGAGCUAUGGAAUGUCUCGGGAUGUCUA